AACGGCUGCUUUUUCAGCAGCACAAGGAGGAUCAAGACAGACCCGAAACUCAUAAACAUACAAAGAGUCCCAACCCUUUCAUCCGUGUCAUUGGCGACCAAACGACGAAUGUCAACCAUCCACGCACCCAGCAAAUCGCGAGUAACGCUCAAAGACAGCAAAUCGCUCUACGUCGAGCUCACAGGUACUGCCUCCGACCUAGCACCCGUCGUCUUCGUGCACGGGCUUGGUGGCAACUCGACAAACUGGGGUACGCUGAUCGACGUAUCCGGGCUCGCGAAGCAGCGCCUUGUGCUCGUGUUCGAUCUCGAGGGGCAUGGUUUAAGUCCACUACAGACAACCGAUAUCUCGAUUAAUGGGUACGCGGACAGCCUUGCGAGCGUCAUGGACAGCGCGGGGAUCCAAAGCGCUGUUAUCGUCGGGCACUCGAUGGGUGCGCUGAUCGCGGCGACGUUCGUGGUGAAGCACGCCAACAGAGUUGAAAAGCUAGUCCUCAUCGGCCCCGCCAUUAUCAGAUCCUUCACCGACGCCUCCACGAAAGCCAUCGAGGCUCGCGCCGAGAACGUGCGCAUGAACGGCAUGUCUGCGACAGCAGACGCCAUAUCCACCAUCGGCAUGUCCCGAAAAUCCCUCGCCGAGCGGCCCCUUGCGAAGGAGACAGUGCGCGCCUCUUUGCUUUCCGCCUCCUUGUCAGGGUACGCGCUUGCCUGUCUGGCUAUCACCAAGGCACGGGACCCGGACUACGCGCUAAUCGUUGCCCCGACGCUCAUUCUGGCUGGCGCGGAGGACAAGCCAUGCCCCGAGUCGACGGUCACGUUUCUCGGCGAUACAAUUCCCGGUGCGAAGGCGGUGACGCUGCAGGACGUGGGGCAUUGGCCUAUGAUAGAGGCCGUGGAGGCGACAGCGAAGGACUUAAAUGCGUUUAUUGCUUAAGCUACUAGUAGUAAGCGUGCGCGAUUAGAGAGAAGCCCGAUGUCCGACAUGAUCCUCUCAGCCUUUGUGUUAUCACAUUGGACAGUGCACGUCCGGUGGGCGGUUGGUGCGGAGGAUGUAAAGCAGAUCCUUCACUGGAGGAACUUUGACUCCCAUCAGAUGUACUUUAUAUACUUGGAUGCACCCCGCGGCUGCGCAUGUCGACCC